CUUCGGGCCCGAAGAAACAAAAACAGUUUUUUGCGCCAUUUUCUAACCGCGCUCUGUUUCUCUCCGAAGUCCGCACUCCUAUUCUUCCCAGAUAUGCUACAAGCACCGGAAACGAUCUUUCGUAACGAGCACUCAAGCUUGGAGUUGAUCGGGACUGUUGCGGCACAAAACUGAGUCACUGAAGCGCACGACUCCUCUAUUUUUCCUUUUCUCUGGAUAUCUUUCCUGAAGAAUCGCGUAGUCAUGCGGAGAACAUUUUCGCCGUUCAGGUGUUGAUUUGUGAACAAUCCCAGCGCCUGGAAUUCAAACGUGAUUAUAUCUUCUUUGAUUGGUUGUGUUUUGGUACUGGGUUUUGAGAGCCAAGGAAGCAAAACAGAACAAGAGUUGCAGAAAAUGGCCCAGGGAUGGUUCUCAAAGAGCAAUUACAGUGAAGAUCUCAAUAAACCCUCGCCCUCUUUGUUGGACCAGUGGAAUUCCUACGCAUUGUCACAGGACUCGCAAGACAGCUCCGAUUUGGGUUUUGGUUUCGAUCUGGAAGCAGCAGUUAGGUCAGCCAACGACACUGUCGCCGGCACUUUCAAUGUGGUCUCGCAGGGUGUGAGCAAUAUACAUGGCAACUUUCAGUCUGCCACUAGUAACGUUCCUUCUGGAAAGGCAAUAAUGUAUUUUGGUUUGUUUUUGGCAACUGGGAUCUUCUUCAUUUUCAUUGCAUUCACCAUGUUCCUUCCCGUCAUGGUCGUUAUGCCCCAAAAGUUUGCUAUAUGCUUUACUCUUGGCUGCGGAUUUAUUAUUGGAUCAUUCUUUGCUCUCAAGGGUCCAAGGAAUCAGCUUGUCCACAUGUUAUCAAAAGAGAGGCUUCCUUUCACGUUGGGUUUCGUCAGCAUCAUGGUCGGCACCAUAUAUGUAUCUAUGGUUCUUCACAGCUACAUCCUCUCUGUGGUAUUCUCUGUUUUACAGGUUCUAGCACUUGGAUAUUAUGCUUUAUCGUAUUUUCCUGGAGGAUCUGCUGGAAUGAAAUUCCUUACUUCUGCUUUUACCUCCUCAAUUCUGAAAUGUUUUGGUAGAUGACUUGAUUUUGGUUAAUUGGGAGUGAGUGGUCUUGAAUCCGCCUAUGAGAGGAAAUCUGCAAUUUCUCUUCAAAUAGAUGUCAAAACCUUGGGGGGGGGGUAAAUAUCUUGGCUGAUCAAGUCAAAAUAGCUACAACUGGUGGAUGUAAACUAGCAAACAGUACAUUUAGAAUGACUGCUUUCAAAUCAGGCUUAGCUGGGAGCUGAGGUGUUCUCGUUUAGUUUCACUUUUCACCCUUGAUUAAAUAGAGUUCUGAAAUGAUGGUCAAAUAUUUGGUUUGUUUUUUGAACCAUGAACCUGGCUCAACUUAGCAAUUUUCUUAAUUCAGUUUCAGCAGAGCCUUUGUAAACACUGGUUAGUCCUAGUGAGAGAG